AUGUAUUCCAUCGCCGUGAUAAACAUAAUCAAUUUGAUCCAGACUGGUCUAAGUUAUCUCGCCUUGGCGCAGUUUUCUGCAUAUUUGUGGCCACCAGAUGCUGUCGUUCAAGAUGGAGCUACAUUUGACUACAUAAUCGUGGGAGCAGGAACUGCUGGUAACGUGUUAGCCAACAGACUGACUGAAGAUAAUCAUGUGAAUGUCCUGCUGAUUGAAGCUGGUGGUGACGCUCCAGUAGACGUCGUGGUACCAGGCUGUACUUUAUUUCUAAAACAAUCAAACUACGAUUGGAACUACACAACUGAAGACUAUGCCAUUCCUAGAAAAUGUCAUCAAAAAUCUUACCAUGAACCAAGUUCUGGCAAAAUGUUGGGAGGCACAAGCUCUCUGAACUAUAUGCUGUACUCUCGAGGACAUCCUACUGACUAUGACAACUGGGCUACCAUAACAAACGAUGAAACAUGGAAAUGGGAGAAUGUUCUUCCAUAUUUCAAGAAAAGCGAAAAAAUUGAAGACCCAGACUUCCUUUUAACAGGUGAUAUGACUAAUCACGGUUCCAAAGGAUUCGUAGGAUUAACAAAAGAAUCCAGGACACAGACAGAAAAUAUUUUGAAAAGUUUUAACGAGCUUGGUCAUGAUGUAAUUGACGAUUCCACGGCAGGUCUUGGCUAUUCCAACGCUUGGAUUUAUAUUGGAAAGGGUGGUCGGCAAACUUCUGCUUUAACUUAUUUAACUCCAAUCAAAGAUCGUGAAAACUUACACUUGCUUAAAAAGGCUCACGUCACUAAAAUUAUUUUUGAUAAAAAUAAGAAUGCUGAAGGAGUAGAAGUUAUCUUAGACGAUGGGAAAACUAUUCAUAUUAAAGCAGCAAAAGAAGUUAUUCUAUCUGCUGGUACAUUUGGUUCCGCUAAGAUAUUACUACUGUCAGGAAUUGGCCCUAAGGAAGAACUAAAAAGUAAAAACAUUGAUUGCAUAUCAGAUCUGCCUGUUGGGAAAAAUUUGCAAGACCAUACCGGUGUAGUUUUAAUGCAUUCUAUGGAGAAAGCUGAACGGUUGAUAACAAAUCCUAAUAAGCAUCCAUCAGCUCCUGUAGUUGGAUAUGCUACUUUGGAUAAAAGCCAUAAGCAUGCAGACUAUCAAACAAUGUCGUUUUACGCUCACUCCAGAUUAGUUUUGUACUUUUGUUCCUUUGCUUACAAAUUAAGCUAUGAAAUAUGCGACAAAAUUUUCACAUCAAGCUUAGGUAAAUAUAAUUUAUUUACUGAAAUUGUCAAUUUAAAUCCAAAAUCUAAAGGUGAAGUGACUUUGAGAAGCUCCCAUCCCAUGGACCCUCCAAUUAUUAAGACUGGUUAUCUAACAGAUGAGGAUGAUAUUGAUCAUUUGGUGAAAUUCACCAAACUAGUCUUACCUAUUGUAAAUACAACUUAUUUUAAAAGCAUUAGUGCAGAAACCUUAGAUCCAACGCUAGAUAAUUGUUCUGAUUUUGAGAAAGGUACUGAUGAUUACUGGAACUGCUAUGCAAGUUGCAUGUUUUCUGGCUUGAGUAACUACGUUGGAACUUGUGCAAUGGGCAGUGUCGUUGAUGGUAGAUUAAAAGUCCUUGGUGUACAAAGAUUAAGAGUUGUUGAUGCAAGUGUUAUGCCAGUUAUAACUCGAGGUAAUACAGCCGGCCCUACUACUAUGAUUGCCGAAAAAGCAGCCGACUUUAUCAAAGAAAAAGAACUUUAAUUAAUUUAAACGUUGUUUUGUAUAUUGCACUAACCGUUCUGUUUGUAUUUUU